CGCCGCGAGCGGGAGCGCGGCGGCCGCGGGCUCUUGGGCAGGACGCACGCACCGCUCGCGGGGGGGACGGACGCGCGGGCCCGCCUCGCCGCCCGCCCCACGCCCACCCCCUGUCGCCCACGCCUUUCCCCGCGCCGCCCCCUCUGCAUGGCACAAACUUUCCUCCCGGGACGGAACACGCUGUCUCCGGGAGCCCCCGCGCGCGCCCUCUCGCCGGCUGGCCCCAAGCGCUGCUGAGAUGGGGUGCGGGUUGAACAAGUUGGAGAAACGUGACGACCGACGGCCUGGAAAUAUCUACUCGACGUUGAAGAGGCCCCAGGUGGAGACCAAGAUAGAUGUGUCCUACGAGUACCGCUUCCUGGAGUUCACCACGCUGAGUGCCGCUGAGCUCCCGCGGGCCUCAGCCGUGAGGCUGGCCUCCCUCCGCGACCUGCCCGCCCAGCUGCUGGAGCUGUACCAGCAGGGCUUCUUACUGGCAGCCCUGCACCCCUUCGUGCAACCGACCCCUGAGCGGGAGAAGACGCCCCUUGAGCACAUCUUCAGGGCCAUCUUGAUCAAGAAGAACGACAGAUCUCAGAACGCUGAUCUUCACAAUGAAGGCUACAUCUUGGAGUUAGAUUGCUGUUCUUCCCUAGGCCACCUGACGGACCAGAAAGUCCUCCCCGAGUUCAUUAAGAAGAUCCAGGAGGCUGCGAGUCGCGGCCUGAAGUUUGUCGGUGUUGUGCCUCAGUACCGCUGCCCUGGGAGCCCUGCAGGCAGCUGCCCCCCAGCAGAUGCCCAGGAUGAGACACAGGAGCCUGGCGGUCAUGGGGCUGCAGAGGAGCUGGGGGCUGCAGAUGCUGCCGUGGGGACAGACGGAAGCCCGGAGGCUGGCCAGGGCCCGAGAGAGGAGACGCCCGCCACCCAGCAGCCCAGUUCGCCCCCGGGAGAGGGGGACGGCGCAGAGUCUCCUGCUCGAGGGGCUCUAGAGGGACCAGAUGCUGAUGACCUGCCGUCGGAAGGGCCUGGAGAGCGGCUCGCGGCCAAAAUGGAGAUCUUUGCCCUUUUCAACAAACCGAAGAGCCAUCAGAAAUGCCGGCAGUAUUACCCUGUCACCAUUCCUCUCCGGGUCUCCAAGAACGGCCCGACGGUCAGCGGUCUGGACGCCAACUGGCUGGAGCACAUGAGCGACCACUUCCGGAAGGGCGGCGUCCUGGUGAAUGCGGUCUCCUCGCUUAGCUUGGUCCACGAUUCCUUGCACGACUUGACAGAUGGAGUGUUCAUCUUUGAAGCUGUUUCCACAGAAGACAGCAGAACCACGCAGGGCUACGAUGCUAUUGUAGUUGAACAGUGGACGGUUCUGGACGGUGUGGAGGUGCAGACAGACUACGUGCCCCUGCUGAACUCACUGGCUGCCUACGGCUGGCAGCUCACCUGUGUGCUGCCGACUCCCGUCGUCAGGACAACCAGGGAGGGGACCGUGUCCACCAAGCAGGUUGUCUUUCUCCAGAGGCCGUGUCUACCUCAGAAGGUCAAGAAGAAGGAAUCGAAGUUUCAGUGGCGAUUCUCCCGAGACGAGAUGCGUAACAGGCCGACGAGGAAAUCCAGAGGGAAAUUCUGUGUCAGGGGCAAGCGGGAAGCCGAAGAAAGCGAGAAGAACCCAGAAGACCAGCUUCCCAGAGCGGGAGACGCGGGGGGCCAUGUGCCCGGGCGGGAGGACUGGGCAGAGGGCCCCGCGGAGAAGCCGUGUCCGGACGGCCGGCCAUGUGUGGAGGGCGAGGCUGUGCAGAACGGCCCCUCGGGCCCUAGCCCGGCCCCGGCGGGGGGCAGUGCAGGGCUCGCCGGCCCCGAGCCUGGAGAGGAUGCUGGCGUGGAGGUGGCUCCGGGGCCUGCGGCAGCCGAGCACCCCUGAGCCUCACUGGGCCGGCGGGCUGGGGGCGCGUGCACCCUGACUGUGGCACGUUGCCUUUGGCUUGGCGUGACCCCUCCUGGAGAGCUUAAUGAGCCAUCCAAGGAGGGCUGGGUCCCCAGCAUUGUUGGUUUCUGCACAUCCUUUUGAAAUGUGUCCUGGGCCCCAGUGCUAGAACCCAUGAGGACUGGUUGCUUCUAGACCUCGGGGCUGGGAGUCCAGCCCCGACCCUACGGUUCCUGGGAGGGGCUGGGCCACCCAGGGCCUCCAGGGGGCCCUCAGGCCAAACCCCGGGUCAAGCCUGGCUGCCAGUCAAGGCCGACGUGGUCGCCCCCACCCCCCGCCCCGAGAUGGGGAGGUCCAGCCCCCUGCUGUUGGUGCAGCUGCUGGGAGCUUGUAACAUGGCCUUGAGCCCUGCCCACUGCUUUUCUCUGUCUGACCCCUGGACCCUGCUUCUUUGGCAAAGAACACGACAUUGGGAGGGGAGGUGCCCCACCUCCUGGCUUUUCUCCAAGUGUUCCCAUAGAUACUGGUGAUCUGGAAACGCAGAGGGAAUUCUGUGCAUGUACCCACUUCUGCAGAAUGUCCGCCAAAGUAUUCUGUUAGUAUUAUUGCCAAAAAAAAAAAUUUAAGGUUUUGUAUUCAGCACAUCCUAGGAACACACCUUCUUUCUGUUAUUACAGGGCCAGCUGACUGGUGGGGAGCCUCUGUUGUGUGUUAUUUUAAUCAGUGUGUCCUUGGCCAAGUCGCUUCCCACGUGUGUUAUGACGUGUUUAUGUCGUCCAGAAAAUACUGUGGAGGCUUUAAGUAGAUGCAGCUGCAAAGCCUGGAGAGAGAGUGCCAGCCGACGUGACCAGCAGCCUGUCCCUCCUGUUUCUUGUUUAGUUACUUAAAGCAAUAAAUCACCUACGAGUUCA